AUGUCGCGCAUCGAGAACGAGAGUGGAUUCUUGUCAUCUGACGCCGCGAGCGUUGGCUCCGAAGACGACAUCAAGGUUGAUGCCCAGAAGAGAAACGGUGUCAUUCCAAAAGAGGAUCAUCUGAAAUCCAUGCGCAACGCUUAUGAGAGCAUCAUUCAACACGUUGGCGAAGACAUCAACCGCCAGGGACUUCUCAAGACCCCAGAGCGUGCUGCGAAGGCGAUGAUGGCAUUCACCAAGGGAUACGACGAGCAACUCGAUGAGCUCCUCAACGAGGCCGUUUUCGACGAGGAUCACGAUGAGAUGGUCAUUGUGAAGGAUAUCGAGAUGUUCUCACUUUGUGAGCAUCAUUUGGUUCCAUUCAUGGGAAAGGUCCAUAUCGGAUACAUUCCAAAUAAGAAGGUCUUGGGACUUUCCAAGCUUGCCAGAAUUGUCGAAAUGUUCAGCAGAAGACUUCAAGUCCAAGAACGUCUAACCAAACAAAUUGCCACCGCCAUGGUGCAAGCCGUCCAGCCAUCCGGAGUCGCCGUCGUCAUCGAGGCCAGUCACAUGUGUAUGGUGAUGCGCGGAGUUCAGAAGAUCAACGCAUCCACAACCACUUCAUGCAUGCUCGGCGUCUUCCGUGACGAUCCAAAGACCCGCGAGGAGUUCCUUAACCUCAUCAACAAGCGAUAA